UCCCGAUCUUGCUCUUGCUAGUGUACAACCGGGCGAGCUAGGAACAGCAAAAGAUAAGCUGCCAAAGGCAAGGGCAAAGUGAUAAGUUACGCAAAUUUUAACCUGAACAGGUGGGGUUACAUUGCGUGUAAUCUGAAGUUAUACCGGCUAUUGUUAUUAUUGUGCCUGACCUGCUGUAUUGAUUAUUUUCAGAUGAAAUAAUUGCAUAUUGACGUCGUCAUGUCUUCGUAUUAUUCGGGGAUACGCUUAUCAAAACUCACUGCAGAGUUGAUAUCGGCAGGCCUUAACCUUAGGAUUGGGACGUCUUCCAUCUCCAGAUGCUGCAACACGGCGGGUUGUGUCAUCUAUGCUCAACGUCGACUUCAUAAUCACAGUUAUGCACCUCACACAAAAUAUGCAGCUCUUUCAACAUGUCACCCGAGGCCGAGUGGAUCCCAUAGACUUGCAAGAUUUAAAUCUAAUCAGGGAUGGAAUAAUCCUAACACUACAUGUAAUAUGAUUAACCUUGUGAGGAACAUGUCUUCUGAUAGUGAUAUUCUUCCUGAUCCUUCCAAUCUUAUUUUUCGGCAGCUUUUUGACUACCAGUCCUACACAUACACAUAUCUACUUGGAGACAAGGAUACUAAGGAUGCAAUUCUUAUUGACCCUGUCAUUGAACUUGUCAAGAGAGACUUGCACCUUGUAGAAGAUCUUGGGCUUAAUCUUAUUUAUGCAAUUAACACCCACUGCCAUGCUGAUCACAUAACUGGAACAGGUUUGAUCAAAGAGAAGAUACCAGGCUGUAAAAGCAUUAUCAGUCAGAAGAGUGGGGCCAAGGCUGACCUCUACAUUGAUGAGGGUGAUCAGAUCAAGUUUGGAAAUUUGGCUCUAGAUGUGCGUUCUACCCCUGGCCAUACGUCUGGGUGUGUCACCUAUGUUUUGCGCAAUGAGACUGGAACCCCUGUAAUGGCUUUUACUGGAGAUGCCAUCCUCAUCAGAGGAUGUGGCAGGACAGAUUUCCAGGAAGGUGAUUCUGGGACACUCUAUGACUCUGUUCAUGGAAAGAUUCUUUCAUUACCCCUGUCAACAAGAUUGAUGCCAGCCCAUGACUACACAGGACAGACAAUGACAACGGUGAAAGAAGAAUUGCUGUUUAAUCCGAGAUUAACCAAGACGAAAGAAGAGUUCAUUAAAAUCAUGCAUGAGCUUAACCUCCCCUACCCAAAAGCAAUAGACAAAGCACUUCCUGCCAACUUGGUCUGUGGAAUCGUUGGGGAGGGAUAUGACAUGUGAGAAGAUGGAGACAUGUCAGGUCAAACUUUGUAUCCAUCCAUAUUGAAGACAAAGAUGACUUCUAAAAAGAUCAAUGGUUUUUAGAUUAAAUUGGGAUCAAAGAUGUAAGAAUCAAUGUGCAAGGCGAUAUAUAAAAUAUACAAACAUGUUUCUGAAAAAGAAGUAGGAUCCGACUCUCUUCUGCUACUUCAUACAUCAAUACACAUUUAUAUGAUGUAAAAAGUAUAUGUGACUGUAUUUCUUGCAUUUACCAUCCAAGUGCUUCCUUAUUUACAGUAUUCUGUAUUUUUUGGAAGUUUAGAUGAUCAUCGUAAUUGAUACUUUUAUCAAAAUUGAAAUUGGGAGAAUUUUUAAAGUAAUUGAUGCUCCUCUCUAUCCACUUAAUUCCUUCUUUGUUUUAAUAAUCAUAAUUUAGACUUGAGUUCUAUGAUUAAAGAAAGGAGCCAGGUUUAUGAGUGAUGUUGAAAUAAACAGACUUUGAAAUCUCAUUGUAGGAAUCAAGAAUACAUGAAUGUCAACUUCAUGCCUGGACUUAAGAUGGGGUAAUUGGAAUGAUAUUAUGAUAAGUUCAGUUUAAGCUCGGAUGGUUUGAUAAAUGGCUAUCUAUCUGAAAGUCACAUCUUAUAAAGCUUAUUACCCUUUUCCCCCUUCGUUUGUGAAAAGUAAUCCACCUUUUGAUCUGAUAACAUUUUCUUUUUGCCUGCCAGCUAAUAAUAAACAAAAUGCCCUAAUUUGUUUCUUAAUUUUUUUUUUCUUUUGUGAAAGAAAUUUUUUAAAGUCACCCCUCUGACAAAAACCUUGAAUUGCCCAUAAAACUUACAUUACAGUGAGGAGGAAAAGUAAUGGUUGUGAUUUGUGAACUUAUGUGCCAUCUUUUUGUCUUAAAAUGAUCCUUGAUAUAUAAGUGACAUGUAUAUGUAGUGUGUCGCUCAAUAUUAUCACGUAAUCCAUCAGUCAAUAUUCAAUUACGUGCCAUUGUGAUGCAACAUUAAAUAAGUUGAAUUCUCAGAUCAUGUAUAUAAUGAAGUUUAUCUGUACGUGCAGAGUACAAAGAGAUCAAAGGUAGGAAUAACAAACAAACAGAAAAAAACCUGACAGGGAAAAAACACAAAUAUGAAACCUGUUUUCCUUGCACAUUGUGGAUAAUAUGUUCUUAUCCUGUUUUUGUGUAUAUAUAUAUAUAUAU